AUGCGGUCCUACGCGCAGAAAGGUCUCGUUGCUGCCCUCGUCCUCGCCACCCAGGUUGUUAUCGUUUCCGCCGCCGAAGAUAGGCCCAAGGGAAAUUUCCGCCAAUGUCUCGAAGUAUCGCCUGAAUGCCCUGUCUUCGCUACCCUCUACGGAUACAGACCCAAUCUCGGUGCCAAUGCUUUCCUCUGCGCGCUCUUCGCUCUUUGCUGCCUUGCUAGCAUCGUCAUCGGUAUACUGAGCAAGACAUGGACUUACACUCUUGCCUUGGGCAUCGGAACUUUUCUCGAGGCCGCUGGAUAUGCAGGUCGAAUCAUCAUGAAUGAUAACCCAUGGAGCGAGUCUGGUUUCAAACUACAGAUUUGCUGUCUUGUCCUCGGUCCCAGUUUCGUUGCUGCCGCCAUCUACCUCACACUGAAGCACUUUGUUCUGUACUGCGGACCCCAGUAUUCACUCAUCAAGCCUCGCCUCUACCCAUGGAUUUUUGUCGGCUGCGAUUUCGGCUCCAUUGUGCUUCAGGCUGUCGGUGGAGGUAUGGCAGCCGCUGGUGGCACUACCAACAAGAAACUCAUUGAUGGAGGCAACAAUCUCAUCGUAGCUGGUAUCGCAUUCCAGGUUGUCACCAUGGUUGUGUGCGGUGUGCUCAUUCUGAUCUACAUCUUCCGAUACCGCAAGGCCCGCCAGAACCGCGAUGCAUUGAACGAGAAGAGCAGCUACGAGAUGGAUAAGGAGGCUGGUAGUGUUUCCCUUGGAAAAAUCAAGCUUUUCGCUGGCGUCAUUGUAUUGGCAUACCUCACUGUGCUCAUUCGCUGCAUAUACCGUUUGCCAGAGAUGGCUGGUGGCUGGGGUAACGCACUCAUGCGUAAUGAGCGGGAGUUCCUUUUGCUUGACGGAAUGAUGCUUGGUAUCGCAUGCGCAGUUCUCACUGCCUUCCACCCCGCAUACUUCUUCCCUCCUUUCGCUGCUUUCCGCCGUAGCAAGUAA